AAUCAAAUCAAAAUACGUAAUACAAUAUUAUGUUCUUAAACCAUUAAUAGUUAUCAUUCACUUCACAUCAUGUACAGAGUUAUAACGGAUGCUGAUAAUAAAGUCACACGGCCUCAAAACCCAAGAAAAAAUGCAAAUAUAUUUGAAAUUAUUUCAUUUAGCUGGUUGUUAAACAUAUUUAAGAUAGGACAACAAAGGGAUUUAGAAGAAGAUGAUUUAUUUACGACAUUAAACGAUCACAGUUCUUCAUUGUUGGGAAACGAAUUAGAAAAAAAAUGGAGAUUAGAACUUGAGAAUGCACAUAAGACAAAUCGGAAUCCUAGUCUAGGAAAAAUUUUGAUUGGAAUAUUUGGAUAUAAAUUUAUGCUUUAUGGAAUUAUGCUCUUCGUCGAUAAAGUUAUUUUGAAAAUAUCCCAAGCUCUAUUUAUUGGCGGAAUAUUAUCAUAUUUCAACCCAGAUAAUUCUGAAAAAGCGAACUUGGGGUAUUCAUUAACAUGUGCGAUUGGUCUAGCAUUGAGCAUGUUUACUUCAAUAAUUUUGUAUCAUUCGUCACAAAUUGAAAUUUUACAUAGUGGAAUGAAAAUUCGAGUUGCUUGCUGUUCGGUUAUAUAUAGAAAGUCAUUACGCCUAGGUCACACAGCUAUUGGUAAUGCCAUAGUCGGUCGAGUGAUUAAUUUGUUAUCAAAUGAUGUAAGUCGAUUCGAUAAAUCAGCUACAUUUCUACACUACCUAUGGAUUGGCCCACUUCAAGCAAUUAUGGUCACGUAUUUUUUGUGGCUGGAAAUUGGUGUAUCUUCGUUAAUAACCAUAGUUAUACUAUCUAUAACUAUUUUGUUUCAAGCAAUAUUGGGGAAAAAACUUAGAGAGCAACGAAAGAAGACAGCUAAAAGAACUGACGAAAGAAUACGUUUUAUGAAUGAAAUAAUUUCUGGCGUAAAAGUAAUCAAGAUGUAUACUUGGGAAAUACCUUUUGGAAAACUAAUUAAAUACAUAAGAAAAAAAGAAAUUCGACAUAUACAAAUGGCAAUGUACAUAAAAAAUAUUAUGAUAUCGUUAGCAUUGAUUCAAUCAAAGUUCCAACUAUUUUUAAGUAUUUUGUCAUACGUAUUGUUAGGAAAUUAUAUCUCAGCACAAAAAGUUUUUAUCAUAUAUACUUUGUAUACUAUAUCACUUCAUCCCAUAAAUUGUUUUUGUCAAAGUAUAUCGGAAAUAACCGAAUUACAAGUUUCGAUCAAACGCAUACAGGAUUUCUUAUUACAAGAUGAAAAGGAUAAUCAAUUACCAACUACAUCAAAAUCUGCUGAAUCAAUAAAAGAUUUAACAAAGUGCGUUUCAAAUGAAAAUGGCGUCUUAAGUCAUCACAAUACAGAAUUAUCAAAUACUCAUAGCAUCGUAUUGUCAAAAGCAACUGCUAAGUGGACAGAUAAUCAAACAAGUAACACUCUAGAAAACAUUAAUCUGUCUGUACCAUCUGGUCGAUUGGUCGGCAUAAUUGGUCCUGUGGGUGCUGGAAAAAGUUCAUUGUUUCAAGUUAUUCUACGAGAAUUGCCACUUUCCGAAGGCUCCUUAGACGUCCAUGGUGUAAUUUCUUAUGCAUCCCAAGAACCGUGGUUAUUUUCUGGUUCUAUAAAACAGAAUAUCAUAUUCAACUCACCAAUUGAUGAGUAUCGUUAUAAACAAGUAAUAAAAGUAUGUGCAUUAAAAAGUGAUUUCGAAAAGUUCCCAUAUGGUGAUAAGACAAUUGUAGGAGAAAGGGGAGUUACUCUAAGUGGAGGACAAAAAUCAAGAAUAAAUUUAGCUCGAGCUAUCUAUAAACAAGCCAAUAUUUAUUUGUUGGACGAUCCUCUUUCAGCUGUAGACCCACACGUCAGCAGUCAUUUAUUUGAAAAAUGCAUUAAAGAUUUCCUUAAUGAAAAAACUUGUAUUUUAAUCACACAUCAAAUACAGUACUUGGCUAAGGUCGAUCAAAUUGUUCACAUGGAUAAUGCAAAUUUAAUAGUGAAACGUACUUAUGAAGAACUUCAAACGACCGAUUUAAGCUUUCUGAAAUCUCUUCAAUCUCCAAUGACAUCUGAUAAUCAAUCCAUGAUUAUUAAUAAUGAGAAUGAUUUUAAUGUUGCCAAAAAGUCUAUAUUUGAUCGAAAAAUAUCUGCAGCUAGUGAUGUGUCAUUAUUGGGUGAUAGUAAAGAAAUAACAAAUCAAGAAGAACAAGCGAAAAUAACUGAAAUUCGAUCUUCAGGAAAUAUUUCAUGGGAUACCUAUUUGGCAUACUUUGUAGGUGGAGGAAAGAUAAGCACAAUAUUAUAUUUAAUAUUUGCGUCUAUUUUGUCUCAAACAGUAGCAUCUAGCGGAGAUCUAUGGAUUACAUAUUGGGUAAAUCUAGAAGAAUCAGUAUUUCAUAAUGAAAGUCUGUCUACGUCAACGACCAAAAACUCAAUGAACACAAUUUUUAUGUGGUCAAUUAAUCGAGAAGUGUGUAUUUAUGUUUUUGGUGCUAUUACUUUAUUUAUAGUAAUAACAAUCAACAUUAAAACAUUUGCUUUUGUAAUGGUGUGUAUGAAAGCUUCCACGAAUUUGCACAAUAAUAUAUUUAGCGCUUUAAUCAGAGCUAAAAUAAAUUUCUUUAAUACAAAUUUGUCAGGCGCAAUUCUUAACCGUUUUUCCAAGGACAUGGGUGCUAUAGAUGAAACGUUGCCACAAAUAAUGAACGAAUGUUUACUUUUGUCAUUGCAUUGUUUGGCAAUUUGUAUUAUUGUUGUGUGCAUUAACAUUUACCUGAUAUUACCCACCAUCAUCUUAGGGUUUACCUUUUACAAGAUAACAGUUUUUUAUUUGUCAUUGUCUCGAAGUGCAAAACGGCUGGAAGGAAUAACUCGUAGUCCUGUCUUCACUCAUUUAAAUGCGAGUAUUCAGGGUUUAACAACUAUUAGAGCAUUUAAAGCAGAAAACAUUUUGUCAAAUGAAUUUGAUGCUCAUCAAGAUUUACAUUCUUCGGCAUGGUAUUUAUUUUUAACGUCGAGCAGAGCCUUUGGAUUUUGGUUGGAUAUUAUUUGCUUCAUCUAUACAUCUAUAGUCACAUUCAGUUUCUUAGCAUUUACCAAUAGUAUAUCUGGAGGAAAUGUUGGUCUUGCUAUAACACAAUCUUUUGGACUGGCUGGAGUUUUACAGUUUACGAUGAGACAAGCAGCUGAAUUAGAAAACCACAUGACAUCAGUUGAGAGGGUACUAGAAUACACGAAUAUCCCGCAAGAAGGUUCUAUUGAACCAAGCUCUGAUAAAAAACCUCCAUUGGAAUGGCCUUCAAGUGGACAAAUUAUAUUCAUCAACUUUUGUAUACGAUAUGAUCUGAAUUCACCGUGUGUUAUAAGUAACCUCAAUUUAAACAUAGAAUCAAUGCAAAAAAUAGGAAUUGUUGGCAGAACUGGUGCAGGGAAAUCGUCUUUAGUCGGAUCAUUAUUUAGAUUAGCUUUCCAUGAAGGUAAUAUCAUCAUUGAUGGUAUAGAAAUUCAUGAACUUGAUCUGUAUGAGUUACGGUCCAAGCUCACCAUUAUACCUCAACAACCAGUAUUGUUCUCAGGGACAGUUCGAAAAAAUUUAGAUCCAUCAGAAAAAUACCCAGAUCAUAUUCUUUGGAACGCCUUAGAUGAAGUCGAGCUUAAAGACGUUGUUGACAAUUUACCCGAUGGUCUUAAUUCAAAAAUGUCUGAAGACGGUUCCAAUCUUAGUGUUGGUCAAAGACAAUUAGUAUGCCUUGCUAGGGCUAUUGUUCGAAAUACUAAAAUUCUUGUACUGGAUGAAGCCACUGCUAACGUUGAUCAACAAACAGAUUUAUUGAUUCAAAGGACGAUUAGAAACAAAUUCCGAACAUGUACAGUCUUAACAAUUGCUCAUCGGUUGAACACUGAUAUUGAUUCGGACAAGGUGAUUGUUAUGGAUGCAGGAAAAAUGGUCGAAUUUGACCACCCACAUAAUUUAUUGCAAAAUAAAGAAGGCACUUUUUACAAAAUGGUAGAACAAACGGGACAUGAUACUGCUGAUUUAUUACAUAGAUUAGCCGCAGAGAGUUAUGAAACGAAAAGUUUAAAUAUUAAAACGUAAUCAAAAUUAUACAUUAAGAAUGCAGAUCAAAUCUCCAAGAAAAACUCAUAAUAAGUAAAUUAGUACAAAUAUUAAGUAAUUGUUUAUAGUUUAAAUUUAAGAUAAUCGGAUUUGACAUAAUGUUUAAUAUAAGAUAACAUCAAUAAAAUGUUGUUUUUUUUUUUGUAAAUUACAAAUCAGAUUAGUAUAGACUAUAGAUUGCAGAAUGUUGAAUAAUUUGUCUUGUAUUUAAUCCCCGUUAAAAUGUUGAUAAAUUAUAUUUUACUUUAUAAUUUUUAACUGUUGGUAAGAAUACUUGUAAUAAGUGAUUGCAACAAAUAAUUAUAUAUUUGCAAUACAUUAUACUAAUGUAUAAGAUUUAAAUAAGCAUAUGUUAUUUAAUAUACUAUGUUAAGGUCUGUAAACAUUUUUAAAUAUUUAUUUAAAAAUUAUA